AUGGAUAGAGACAGCAACAACCUAUGGACCCGUCGCUCAAACACCUCUAAGCUUUCCCUGUCCAUGAACAACGACCACACCGACCCCAAGAGUGACCAUCCUCCACGUGCACGCUUCGGUGGCGGCGGCUCCUCCCACGGCGGACGCUCCAAUCCCUUCAACGCCAUCCCUCCUUUGUCAACGGGGACCAUAGCCUCUCCGACGACAGGUGCUUCCACAGCCUUUGGGCUGGGAUCCGGCGCCUUUGCAUCGUUCGGCUCUGCCACGAAAACGCCCAAAACGCCCGGCACCGCAUUUGACUUUGGCAAAGCGGCUGGUGCUGUUGCGUCGCCCUCGACUCCCGGCGCCAAAGGUGACAAGAUUCUUGGUAAAGCAACAACAGCAACACCGGGGAGGCCGGUGUCGCAGAGUGCGCAGGACGCGCCAGCGGUCUCAGGUGAGCUUUCGUGGGACGUGCCUGCGCCUCUGAAGUACACCUGGGUCAUCUGGUAUCGCCCGCCCACGUCCAAGAACUCCGACUAUGAGAAAUCGACCGUGAAGAUGCUGCGGAUGUCCACGGCGCAGGACUUCGUAAAAGUAUUCCGCCACCUGAAGCGUCCGUCGAUGCUUCCCAGCGUUUCCGACUACCACUUCUUCAAGGAGGGCAUUCGGCCAGUAUGGGAGGAUGAGGAGAACAAAAAGGGAGGGAAGUGGAUCAUGCGACUCAAGAAGGGAGUCGCCGAUCGGUACUGGGAGAACCUUCUGAUGGCGCUCAUUGGCAAUGAGUUUAUGGAGGCGGGUGAAGAAGUUUGCGGUGCCGUCGUUAGCGUUCGGAGCGGUGAAGACGUCUUCAGCGUCUGGACGAAAAACGACGGCGGCCGCAAUGUCAAGAUACGGGAGACGAUCAAGCGCGUCCUGGCGCUACCGCCCGACACACGCAUCGAGUGGAAGAGCCACGACGACAGCAUCGCACAACGGACGGUGCUGGACCAACAGCGCCAGGAGAAGGCGCAGGAGAGGCGGCGGACUCUCGCGGAGGAAAGCAAGCAGCAGGAAAAAGCUUCUUCGUGA